ACACAAGACCAUCUCACCUCUGCUGAGAUUUUGGUUCAAGAUCUGGACUUGUUAUCAUCACUUCAUGUCAGAUCAGCUGAUUGAUCUGCAAGAGGACAGUUCUUCAUUCAGAAAGAGGACUUCUUUUGAGGUGUGUCCCCCUCUGAAGUGCUGAUGAUAGGUAUGCGCGUCAGAGCGGCAGCUCUGUCUCUGCUGCUGCAGCAGCUGGUGCUCACUGUCACAGCUCAAGGUGUUGUCUACGACCUGCUGGUGUCUCCAGACUGCCUGCCAGACUUGCUCCAAGGAAGCUUGAAGAACAAAGGGAGAGAUGAGGCUUUCCUACUCUCAUCCUUUAAGCUCCGCAGUAAGGCCCCUACAUCUCUCUUCAGUGUCAUCAACCCCACAGACAACACCAAGUACCUGGAACUCACUGUGCAGGCCAAACUGAGCAAAGUGACAGUUCGUUACCAGAAGCCCGACGGCAGAUUUGGUACAACUAGUUUCAACCACGCAUCCCUGGCAGAUGGACAAGAGCACCACGUGAUGCUCCAUGCCAGCGGUUUACAGGGUGGCCCUGGUCGCGUUCACAUCUAUGUAGACUGCAGGCUUGCUCACACUUUGGAUGGUCUACCAGCCGCCUUUGGGUCACUGCCUCCCGGUCCCAACAAGGUGGCGCUCAGAACACUUCAGUCAAGUGGGCAGGGUGAACUGACAGACUUGAAGCUGGUGAUAGAAGACACCAUAGACAAUGUGGCCACUCUGCAAGACUGUAGCAUGGAUCAGGCUGAAUCUCUGCAACUGCUGGCCCUGCAAGGUGGAAGGAUGGUUGAAGAUCAGUCCACCAUAAAGGAGCUGAAGAGCAUGUUAUCUGAGAUGAAGGAGCUGCUCCAGCAACAGAUUAAGGAGACACAUUAUCUGAGGAAUACCAUCGCAGAGUGUCUGAACUGUGACAGCAUUAAUGGCCAUCCAAACAACAAAAAUGUAGUUCCAAAACCUGAGAACUUUGUCAUGCCUGACCACCCGACUCUGUGCCCACCGGGGACCUGUUUCAAACAGAACAUGUGCAUCCGUUCCCAGUCGGGGGCUUUCCAGUGUGCCCCCUGCCCCGAUGGAUUUACAGGAGAUGGGGUGAAUUGUGACGAUGUAGAUGAGUGCCAGUUUAAUCCAUGCUUUCCUGGUGUUCGGUGCGUGAACACUGCUCCUGGUUUCCGCUGUGAGAAAUGCCCCCGAGGAUACUCUGGACCAGAGAUAAAUGGAGUGGGAGUGUCAUAUGCUAAGACACACAAACAGGUGUGUGAAGACAUAGACGAGUGUCUGGGGCCGCCUGAGAAUGGAGGUUGCACUGCCAACUCACACUGCUACAACACAGCUGGUUCCUUCCGCUGUGGAGAGUGUAAAGCUGGCUUCACAGGUGACCAGGUGAGCGGCUGCCAUGGUACCAGACUUUGCCCCAAUGGUCAGCCGUCACCGUGUGACAUGAACGCCGAGUGUGUCGUGGAAAGAGACGGCAGCGUUACCUGUGUGUGUGGAGUUGGCUGGGCUGGCAAUGGCUAUGUGUGUGGAAAGGACACAGAUAUUGACGCGUAUCCUGAUGAUAAGCUGCGGUGCAGAGACAACAACUGUAACCAGGAUAACUGUGUGUUUGUACCAAACUCUGGCCAAGAGGAUGCAGACAGGGAUGGGCUGGGUGACGCCUGCGAUGAUGAUGCAGACAGUGAUGGCAUUAUUAAUGUAGAUGAUAACUGCUGGCUAGUUCCUAAUGUGGACCAGAGGAACAGCGAUAAGGAUAUUCAUGGUGAUGCCUGUGACAACUGCAGAACAGUCGAAAAUCCAUCACAGAGGGAUACAGACAAAGACGGUCUGGGAGAUGAAUGUGACGAUGACAUGGAUGGAGACGGGUUGAAAAAUAUUCUCGACAACUGCCAGCGAGUCCCCAACCCAGACCAGAGAGACAGAGACAAUGAUGGGGUGGGAGACGCCUGUGACAGCUGUCCUGAUAUGGCCAACCCAAACCAGUCUGACUCAGAUGAUGACCUUGUCGGAGAUCCCUGUGAUGAUAACAUAGACAGUGAUGGCGACGGCCACCAGAACACAAAGGACAAUUGUCCCACAGUCAUCAACUCCUCUCAGCUGGACACUGACAAAGAUGGAAUGGGAGAUGAAUGUGACGAUGAUGAUGAUAAUGAUGGCAUACUGGACAAUGAUGACAACUGCAGACUAGUUGCCAAUCCAGACCAAAGGGACUCUGAUAACAACAGAGUGGGAGAUGCGUGUGAAGGAGACUUUGACAAAGAUAGCGUCAUCGACAGAAUUGAUCACUGCCCAGAGAACGCUGAGGUGACCCUGACGGACUUCAGAGCCUAUCAGACUGUAGUCCUGGACCCAGAGGGGGACUCCCAAAUUGACCCCAACUGGGUAGUUCUCAACCAGGGCAUGGAGAUAGUGCAGACCAUGAACUCUGACCCUGGACUUGCUGUAGGCUACACAGCUUUCAGUGGCGUUGACUUUGAGGGAACUUUCCACGUGAACACGGUGACAGAUGACGACUACGCCGGCUUCAUUUUCGGCUAUCAGGACUCCUCCUCUUUCUACGUAGUGAUGUGGAAACAGACAGAACAAACCUACUGGCAGGCUGCGCCCUUCAGAGCCGUUGCUGAGCCGGGAAUACAGCUCAAGGUGGUGAAAUCAAAGACGGGUCCCGGUGAAUAUCUGAGAAACUCCCUCUGGCACACAGGAAACACCCCUGAGCAAGUACGUCUACUGUGGAAGGACCCCAGGAACGUCGGGUGGAAAGACAAGGUUUCCUACCGCUGGUUCCUCCAGCACAGACCGCAGGUUGGAUACAUCAGGGCUCGCUUCUUUGAGGGUUCAGAUCUGGUGGCGGACACCGGUGUGAUAAUUGAUACCAGUAUGAGAGGCGGGCGCCUGGGUGUGUUCUGCUUCUCUCAGGAAAAUAUAAUCUGGUCCAAUUUGAAGUACCGCUGCAACGACACUAUUCCUGCUGACUACCAGGACAUCCUCACAAUGCAGAACUAAGGCCAGUAACACAUCAGGGAAACAACUUCAGCCCUGCUGUAAACAUAAAAGGGGCAGAUCGGACAAAGAUUCAUGUCAAAGGGAACAUUAUGGGCAGUUCUGGGGACUGCAUUGUAAGGUCUUACAAAAGCAAAACAUUGGGCAUUAUAAACCUAAAUGCAAUGUAACUGAAACAGCACAUUCUCUUAUUAAAAAAAAAAAGCAGUUUUUGUUUAUAUCUCUGAAAUAUCACCUUCAAUUAUCCAGUUUAUGAAUGUAUUGUACAUAUUAAGCACAAUAAAAUACUGAGCAUUUUGCAAAGUUUAAAGCAUGCUCCCAUUAU